AUGUCUUCCGAACAGCCUUAUGACCCUUAUAUUCCCGCUGCCAACAAUGGUGCGGCCGCCAGCGCUUCCACGCAGCAGAAUGGCAAUCAGCGAACCGCCGCAUUGCAAGCGCAAAUCGAUGACACAGUCGGUGUAAUGCGCGAGAACAUCAACAAGGUCUCCCAACGUGGUGAGCGCCUCGACUCUCUGCAGGACAAGACCGACAACCUGGCGGUAUCAGCCCAGGGCUUCCGCCGGGGCGCCAAUCGGGUGCGCAAGCAGAUGUGGUGGAAGGAUAUGAAGAUGCGUGUAUGCCUGGUGAUCUGUGUGAUUGUCCUGCUAGUGGUCAUCAUCGUGCCGAGUAAGAUCCAUUUCCUCCCCCAGAUCAUCGAGAUCCAGAGUGGGACGCGGGCCGCUAAUCCAUGUUUGCUAUGA